AUGGCCACUGAAACACCAGACCCCUACUCCUUCGACAACUCGAUUGGGUGGCGGCAAUAUCGAAUGCUGCGGCCAGGUUGGGGUAUGUAUCACGAUGUCAAGCGGCGGUUACCAUAUUACCGGAGUGAUAUCACCGACGCGAUGAACUAUAGGACCUUCGCUGGUACAGUUCGAAUAUAUUUUGUAAACAUUUUGCCAGCAUUAGCAUUCAUCCUAGACAUGAACCGUCGCACCGGCGGCUUCUACGGCGUUAAUGAAGCGCUCUUCUCCUCUGCAUUAGCAUGCAUCGUCUUCAGCACCAUAGGCGCUCAGCCCCUGACCAUCGUCGGCAUCACUGGAUUGAUAUCCUUAUUCAAUUAUACCAUCUUCGAUAUAAUAAAACGGUACGACGUGGCUUUGUACCCACAGUUCAUGACCUGGGUCGCCAUCUGGGCGGCAAUCUUCCAUUGGCUUUUUGCGAUCUGGAAUUUCUGCGAUUACAUGCGCUAUGUGACCGAUUUCUCAAGCCAGUCAUUCGGGGCGUAUGUUGGGAUUAUUUAUUGCAUCAAGGGCGUGGAACUACUCAUCGCCGAGUUCGAGAGUGAUGGCCCCACGGACGGCUUCAUGAGCGUAACCAUCGCAUUAAUGUUCUUCUUCACCGUCUACGCCCUUGAGAUGGUCGGCAACGGCACAUGGUUCCGGCCGUGGGUUCGUGGUUUUCUAGGGGACUACGCCUAUCCCAUCGCCACGAUUUUCUGGACAGGAUUCGCUCACUUUCCCGGUCAGCUGAGAGCCACCAACGUCAGCAAGUUGCCACAUACUCGAGCCUUCUAUCCGACCGUCGAUCGAGGCUGGCUUAUCGAUUUUUGGAACCUGGAGGUCAAGUGGAUCUUUGCUGCUCUACCAAUUGGAUUCCUGCUCAUGCUUCUUUUCUAUUACGAUCAUAACCAAAGUAGUGUCGCAGCGCAAGCGAAGCAAUUCCCACUCAGGAAACCAGGUGGCUUCCAUUGGGACUUCUUCCUACUCGGAUGUACAAGCUUCAUUGCUGGCAUAAUCGACAUUCCUUUACCAAACGGGCUUGUACCGCAGGCUCCCGUGCACACCGACUGCAUGACGAAUUACAAGAGCGUACUCAAAGUCAUCAAGACGGAAGACGGCGGGGAGAUCCACCAGCAAGAAAUCAUUGCCGAAAGCGUGGUCGAGCAGCGCGUGUCGCAUUUCCUCAUGGGUCUCGCCAUCAUUGGGACAAUGACAGGACCGAUCUUGAUCGUCUUAAAUCUGAUACCACGAGCACUCUUUGCUGGGGUUUUCUUCGUCGUUGGCUGGGGUGGCCUUGAAGGGAACGGUAUCAUGGCCAAAAUAAUCUACCUCAUCGGCGAGCCACGCUUCGUCCAGCCCGAUGAACCUCUGUUGCAGAUACCCAAGAAAAGGAUCCUAUUCUAUCUAUUCUGGCAAAUCUUCGGCAUCACGGCCACUGUAGGCGUCUCUCAGACUAUCGCAGGGAUAGGAUUCCCCGUCCUCAUCAUCGCCCUCAUCCCCCUCCGUUGGAAAAUCAUGCCCAAGAUGUUCACUGCCAAAGAGCUCCGCAUCAUGGACGCACCAACUGCCGACAACGAAGUAGUACUAGCCAGUAUGGGCGGGAAGCCGCAGAUGCCCACAGGCGAGGAGGACGAAGAUGCUGAGACGGAGAGUCCUGGAACGAAAAACAGCGCUGACGCCCAGGAAGAAAAGUGGUCGGCUGCGGAGAGGGGUGUCCCUCGCGAAGGUCUAAGAGAGCGUGGCGGAGGCUGGAGUGAGGCUUGA